CAUCAAGGACAAGGAAUGUGGAAAACUUGUGUGAUACCAGGUGAUUAUGGAGGGCUUAAAAAAGGAGAUUUAUCGGCAAUGGGCAAAUUUGAAAUUUCUGUCCCCACUUUUAAGCAGCUUCCUCGGUUUGACAGCAGAGGCACUGCGAUCGACUGGGAUACUACAUUUUCAUUCAGUACAACAAUGAGUCGUGGUAGAAAUUGCUUUGUACCUGGCUGUACAAGUGGGAAUCCCAAUAAAAACAAGGCAAAUAAAGAACGGGGUGAAAGAAACCCAAGCCUUUUCAAAGCUCCUAAUGAUCCUAGCUUGCUACAGCAGUGGCAAAAGGCGAUACCCAGAUCAGACAAGACACUUAGCAGCAAAGAUGCUGUUUGUGAACUACAUUUUCUUUAUUAGGGGUGAAAAUUUGUACAAUUUUUUAAAAUCGGUUCUAGAUGUAGUAAUUUCAUAAAGUAAAAUUACGUAUUACUACUGACAUAUUUGCAUAUGUCAGAUUGUAAAUUUAUUAUAAAAAUUAUUUAGAUUUUUGACUAGCCGUCGCAAGACGCUUUUUCAUUGAGGAAUAAUAAGAAAUAAUUUGAAAAUUAUUGUAUUGUGGUUGAUACUUUUGAUUGUGUAUAUAAACCAUUUAGAAUAGUUUUUAUGAAUAUGAAUAAGCUCUUUAAAUUAAUAUGUAGGUAUAUUGUAGCUAGGUAUUUUUUUAGAAUGCAUUUUUUUUAAAUUGUAAUUUUUUGUGUUCUUGAUAUAAUAUGAUGUUCCUGUUUUAUUUUUUGGCAUAGUACAUAUAGAUAUUUAAUAUCUAAGUGCUAAAUUGUAUAUUAAAUUUAUAUAUUGUAUAUUUUAUUUAUUAAAUUUAGUGGAAUUAGUUAAUAGAAACAAAAGUUGUAAUGUAUUAAUAUUGCUAAAUAAAUAUUUAUAUGAUGAAAUAAGUCAGCGUAUAUACAUAUUCACAACUCUGUAUUUUUGUGCUUUUGAAAUAAACUGAGUACAUUAUUUAUUCAUUAAUAUUUUAUUUACAAACCUACCUUAUAUUAAUAAAGUGAAUAUCAAUAGAAAAACCUUUACAAUUAUUAGGUGACAUUGAAUAUAAUAUAUCUUGAAUUUAAUUGUCUACGAAACAGUGACAAUUUGCAAAACUUUGCUAAUGACAUUAAAACUUACAAUUCAACGCUAGAAAAAACGCUAUUGAACACAGGAAACGUUUCAGCUCAAUAUACCUACUCUCUAGUUUCAGCUAUAAAAAGUUAUGGAAUAGAUAACACCGAUCAAAGGGUGCAAUGGUAACGUUCGUCUUCAGUUUCCAUUUAUGAUUAAGUUAUUCCUGAUAAAAUACUCUUAAUUUUCGUUAUUCAAUCUGUCAAUCGCCAUAAAACCACUACUAGUUCGAAAGAUUUUAAUGUUUAUUAAAAUGGUAUCACACUAAACUGCAUGUAAACAUGUCAAUUUCAAAUGUUUUAAUGAAAAACUAUGAACCUUUAAACUGCAUCAACAAAACUAUUAAUAAAACACUAACACAAUCACACCAUAAACUAUUUCAUUCGCAUUUCUCAUCAAGAAACAAUUACUGUUUACAUCAAAUCAAAGGUUGAACUGGUGAUAAAUUUGUUGCUGGAACUUCUAUCUUUUUUGUACAACAGUUCUAGGGAAGAUUUAUUUUAGCAGCUUAUAUGUUUCUUCGGUCGUGUAUGCACUAAAAAGAACCACAUAAUAAAACAUUUUUAUAAUAUCAACUUAGGAAAAGGAUAUAUUAAACCGGCAUCUAAUAUAACCUAACUAACUUUUCAAACUCAAAUUUAAGGUUUUGUAUUCACAAUUUUAGCCACGCACAUUGCUCAAUUAGAAAAA